UUCUGUAGACGGUGCACGAUAUUUCGCGAUAACAUAUUACUGAUAAAAAGGUGUAAGUCAAUACGCCAUCGAUCUACCACUCAGUACGUUACAGGUUCAUUACAACAUUAUUCCGUCUUUAUUGAUACAAAUGAUACGCGAACUAUCUCCGGAAUUGGCAAAGAUAGCCAAGAAUGAGUUGAACGAAAAUCCAAAUCAAGUUGCCAGUGACUUACAAAAUUUAAAGGAAUGGAUAUCGAAACAGGCCCAUUUGAAGGCAAGAACAGACGACCAAUGGCUGAUUGCUUUACUCAGAGGCUGCAAGUUCAGUUUAGAACGUGUGAAAUCGAAGUUAGAACUGUUCUACACUUUACGCACAACAGCUCCUGAAGUUACCUUACGAAUAAAACCGACUGAACCUCAAUUUUUGGAAUUUCUAAGACUAGGGACAUGCGUUAUUUUGCCGCAACCGAAAAAUUCCCUAAGCCCUUGUAUUAUUCUUAUACGAGCGGGAGAAUACGACCCAGAGAAAUAUAAUGUCGCUGAUAUCAUGUGUAUUUUGUAUUAUUUAGUACAGAUUUUAGUUAUUGAAAAUGAUACGGCUACCGUGAUGGGUACUGCAAUAGCUGUUGACUAUCAAAACGUUACUUUAAAUCAUCUAAUGCAAGCCAGCCCUGGUCUGCUGAAGAAGAUAGUAGCAGUCAGUCAGGAUUCCCUGCCCCUUCGUCUAAAAGGCAGUCACCAUGUAAAUGUACCGUCUGGUAUUGAAAUUAUAUUUAAGCUCGUAUCUGGAUUUCUAGGCGAAAAAGCUAAAGAAAGACUAAAAAUAUAUAAAAAUAAUGACGAAUUACUAAAAAGCUUACCAAAAGAAAUAAUGCCUGACGAAUAUGGAGGUACUGGGGGUCCACUAAAUGAUAUAAUUGAGUAUUGGGCAAAGAAAAUAAUCGAAUAUAGGCCUUGGAUGGAGCAAGAAAUGGAGUUUGGAACGGACGAGUCAAAACGAACAAGUAAAAAUAAGUCAAAUCAGGGAUCAUUCAGAAAAUUGGAUAUAGAUUAAAAAAUAUAUAUAAAUGAUGUAA